CUUACUUUACCGCGGUCACACUGAUCCAUAGCUGUGUGAAAAAUUACGAAAGAAUUUUUGGUGUUCACCACUUAAGACCGACCGAAAUUUUCGCAAAACGAACAAUGGCAUCGAUCUGUGGACGCAUGGCGCUCCGUGCCGCCGCACGCCAAAAUGUUGCCUACACGCCCGUGCGCUUCUGCAAAAUGAUGAACGAUCCUUUGGAGCACGCCACUGGUAUCGAGAAGCGCGAGCUGCUGCUCAAGGCCGCCGGCAACGAUAACCCCUUCGACAUGAAGGUCUUCAAGCGGGGCGCCGGCACCAAGGAGAACCCCAACCUUAUUCCAUCGGCCUUCGAUGCCCGCAUUGUGGGCUGCAUCUGCGAAGAGGAUCAGACCUACGUGCAAUGGAUGUGGCUGCAGAAGGGCAACCAGAAACGUUGUGAGUGCGGCCAUUGGUUCAAGCUGGUGGAGAAGGCAGCUGUUUAAAGUUAUUAUUAAUUAAUUCAAUAAACCAAUUAAUAACAAAAACACAACAACUACUAAGCUAAAAGUCAACCCACUUAGCUGUCCAAAUAAACAAACAUCAACCCAAAAAAAAAAAACGAAACUGUGAACAGAGAGGAGAGAAAGG